CCAUAAAUAUUAUCGCGUUGGUUUGGGUUGUGGAGGAUCCAUUGGUCGAUAGAGAGACGGGGAAGAAUCGACUUCCAGCCUCUGCCCUAGGCUCCAUGCUCGUCGUCCACCCACAGACUUUUCAUUUUUAGUCAAAUUCAGGUUUCUACCCUGUAUAUUCUUUGGACAUGGUUUCCUCCACAGGACUUCUCCAUGAGUAUGACAAUUCCUUAUUUUCACGAGAAAGGCAUAAAGUGACAGAGAUUCAACAUCUAGAUCCAGAUACAUUAAGCUGUGAGUGUAAAUAUGAUUGUUUCCCCGUAUCUUCACAGCUUAGCAGAGAUGGACGCUCAUUCUGCAGGUGCAGGGAUAUUGCUUGCAUAUCCUCAUGUUGCAUUGAUAUUGAUGAAAAAAAUGGUUCAUAUUCAUCAGUAGAUAUGAGCUGUCAGUUAAACGGCACUAGCCCUGAUCUUCCAGAAUGUUGCAGUUCAGAUGGCUCCUCAUUCCAAGAUAAGGGUUUCUCUGGGUAUUCUUUGGCUACUUGUGUAAGUGGUUGGAUGUAUGUUAAUGAACAAGGUCAAAUGUGUGGCCCUUAUAUUCAAGAACAGCUUCAUGAAGGUUUAUCUACUGGUUUCUUGCCAGAUGAGCUUCUUGUAUAUCCUGUUUUAAACGGAGCUUUGACCAAUCCUGUGCCACUCAAGUACUUUAAGCAGUUUCCUGAUCAUGUUGCAACUGGUUUUGCUUAUUUGAGUGUGGACAACUCCAACAUGGGUACUAAUGGGGCUCAUUCUGUUCCGUGUAAAAAUGAUUUGGCUAUGCAUAGGCAAGAGGGCUUGGUAGAGUAUGCGAAUCCACAGACUCUUUGUCAUGAGUUACAAUCUGGCUCUCUAAGUCUUGGAUAUGAAAAUGGUGGCUGUAAACAGGCUUCAAAUUCUGAAGUUUUUUGCUUUAGUACUUCAAAUCUUUCAUCGUCAGUUGAAAGAUCAUGUUGGUUGAUUGAGGAUCAUACAGGGAGGAAACAUGGACCGUAUUCGCUUCUACAAUUAUAUUCUUGGCAUCAGCAUGGAUACUUGAAGGACUCAGUUAUGAUAUACCAUAUUGAAAGCAAAUUUAGACCCUUCACAUUAUUUUCUGCGGUGAAUGCAUGGAAAGCUGAGAUACCUCCCCCUCACUUCUCAUCUGAUCUCAAAGCCAAUGAGAGUAGCCCUUUAUUGAAAUUUAUAUCUGAAACUUCUGAAGAAGUUUCAUCCCAACUGCAUUCUGGAAUAAUGAAAGCAGCUCGCAAAGUGGUGUUUGAUGAGAUUGUUGGCAACAUCAUUGCAGAUUAUAUCACCAUGAAGAAAUCUGAAAGACAAAUAAAGGUUGAACAAAACAACCAAACUACGAAGGCUUGCUCUUUGGACAGCAGAAUGUCAGAAGUUACUAGAGGAGGGGAUCUUCCUGCUGAUUCUAUGCCAGAAGCACAAGGCUUCUUUAGUGUUCCUGAGAAAGUUUCUACUGAUGCUGUUCCCGUUCAGUCUCUUAAAAUGACCGGCGGUGUUGAUAAUUUUAGAGAGGUGCAUGCAGUUAUUUGCCGAAUGCUUUUUGAUUACUCCUUACAGGUAGUUUGGAAUGCUGUUUCUUAUGAUAUGGUGGCAGAGUAUUCAUCUGCAUGGCGUAGCAAAAGACUUUGGUCUUAUCGUCCUCACUAUAAUUUAGCUUCUAGUGGGCAUAGUGAUCGUGCCAAGAAGAUUGAAAAAAUACCUACUGAAGCUGGUGUCAAUUGCCUAUCAGUCGCGGAGUUUAAGAGAGCACCAACAGAAAUCUGUGUGCACUCACCUGCUAUAUCUUUGUCAAUUCCUUCUAGGCCAACAUCUCAUUCUGGUUGUGAUAGGCCAAAGGAAAACAUGAAAUGGAUGGUGGAAUGCCUCGAAAAGGAGCUUCAUGCCUCUGCAAAGGUAUCUUUGUUUGAGUAUGUUCGGGAUAUUCUUGUGGAAGAAGUGAUGAGCUCAUGUAACUCCUCAACAGAUGUCAAAUUAAAUAAGGCUGCUCUUGAUAUGCCUGUUCAAUGUUCUAGUAUUAACAAUAACUCGGACUCCUUUGGUGAAGUGCAUUGUGAUUCAAAUGAUACACGUGGAGAUAGAAAUUCAUGUGAACUUAAACUAUCUCCGUUGGAAGAGGACAAUCCGUCCAAAGAUGCAGCUCUAAAUUCUGCUGCUAAUUCAUUAAAUAGAGUGUUCAAAGAAGUCUGUACAAAUGAAGGUUGUGCUUUUAGUGAAGAUUUCAAUGAAUUACCAGCUCCUGGUCUCGAGGAAAAUUCUACCUUUCUCAUUCCAUCUCUUGCUUGUAAAUUUCGUCCUUCAAGCUCAAAUAAGUGUUCUCCUAAGAUUGAGGGGUACAUUAUGCUUGCAAUAUGCAGACAGAAACUGCACGAUGUUGUUCUUAAGGAAUGGACAUCAUCAUACAAAGAUGAUCUUCUUCGCCAGUUUAUUACAUCAUGGAUUGCAUCGAAGAAACAUUGCAAUCCUAAUGGAAUUGUGGAAGGAGCAUGUGAAGCCUCUAAAGUACCAGACAAAUUAAGGGAAGGAUCAAAACGCUUCUUGGAAUCUUCUCUUGCAGCUGGUAAUUAUACUUAUUACCGGAAGAAAUCAUCAAAGAAGAAGUUAGGAUCUUCAGAUUAUGCUACUGAGGGUAGCUCUGUUGUACGAAAUCAGCCUUCUGAAAAUUCUAAGAAAGAAAAAGUUUCUGCUGAUUUGUGUGAGACUACAGACACUGAGAUUGCUUCUUUGUCACUGAAAAACAUUACAAAAAGUAAAAGGCAGAAGGACUUGUCUCGCAAUACCACCUGCAAACGGACUUCUGCAGAAGUUACGUUAUCCAGUAGCCAUUCUUCUGGGAAAACCAUAUGUGGCACCAAAAAAUUAAAAAUUUCACCUAUAGUUAAAGAUGAUAAUGUCAACAAGGAUUCCAUGAAACAUGGGAAAGGGAGAAUGAUAGGUUCGCCUUUGGUGCACAAAAAUGUUGAUAAGGUUAUGAAUAAAUGUGAUCAUGGAGUUAGUGCCCGGGAAAGGCUUUCUGUGAAUGUGUCAAAAUUGAAGAGGAAACAGAAGGUUGACGAGUUAUCAUUUUCUCGUAAUAAGGUCUCGGCAAUAGCAGGUGAUGUUAGCAAGCAAGCAGCAAGAAAGAAGGUUGUAGCUCCGAAGGAAAAGUCUGAUAAAUCUAGGAAGUUAAACCUCUGUAUUAGAUCUAAUGGUUGUGCCCGUUCAUCAAUUAAUGGAUGGGAAUGGCGUAGAUGGACUCUAAAAGCCAGUCCUGCUGAGAGAGCUCGUAAUAGGGGUAUUCAAUAUUUCAAUUCUGAGCUAGUAGGACCUGAUGUCACUACAUCUCAUUUGUUAAAUGGCAAAGGCCUUUCUGCACGAACAAAUAGGGUGAAGGUGCGGAAUCUUCUUGCUGCUGCAGAUGGUGCCGAUCUUUUAAAAGCAUCUCAAUUAAAGGCAAGAAAAAAACGCCUACGCUUUCAACGUAGUAAGAUUCAUGACUGGGGUCUAGUUGCCCUAGAGCCAAUUGAAGCAGAGGAUUUUGUAAUUGAAUACGUUGGGGAACUAAUUCGUCCUCGGAUAUCGGAUAUAAGGGAACGCCAGUAUGAGAAGAUGGGAAUUGGAAGCAGUUAUCUUUUUAGACUUGAUGAUGGUUAUGUGGUUGAUGCUACAAAGCGUGGGGGUGUUGCACGAUUUAUAAACCAUUCUUGUGAUCCUAAUUGCUACACCAAAGUUAUUACUGUUGAAGGCCAGAAGAAAAUUUUCAUCUAUGCAAAACGACAUAUAUCUGCUGGUGAAGAAAUUACGUACAAUUACAAAUUUCCUUUGGAGGAGAAGAAAAUUCCUUGUAAUUGCCGUUCAAGGAGGUGUCGUGGAUCACUAAACUAGGAAAUUUUGUUGCACUUUCCAGUGGACAUGAAGUCUUGUCAAAAUUAUGUGGAUGAAGAAGCGUGAUAAAACUUGGUCCUUUCUGAGGUCUAAAUUAUCUACCUUUGCCAUGCGAUGAAGGGUUGCAUGUUGCAGCUGCAUGCUUUUCAGCGCACUCUGUCAUGCUCCAAAUCUCCGAACUAAAGUUGGUUGAGGCUAUUGAUUAUGAUUGUUGGUAGAGGCCGGAUGACUGUUACACGGCAGACAAUUUUGCCAUUCCAGUGAUGAAUUUCUGACCUUGUUCAUUCUUAUAGAUAUCUCUAUAUUGCAGAUGAGUCUCUCCUCUUAGAUACUGUAAAGUCAAUUUUUGUUUUGCUUACACGAUCCUUGGAUAUUGAUUUUUUGUACAAACAUGUUUGAUUUGUUAUUCAAUAAAAGAUAAAAUGAGUAUGCUGACCAACCUUGGGAGUGAUACCAUCGUAAAAGUCAGAGGAAGUUGAUAUUUACGAAAAAUAAUUGCCAAGGUUCAUCCACCCCUCCACAAAAAAAGGAGGAUAAAUUCCGAGCAUCUGAUUUUACAUUGACCACUGGUUCCAUAAUCGCAAUAUACACAUUUUUGAACAUUCAGAACAUGCAUAUUGUGAGAGGACAACGUUUUGAUUUUUUUUUGGCGUCUUCAUUAUUGUUCUUCUAUCGAGACUAGUUUGAAGCUCCUUGUUGGGUUUUCCACAGAAGUUUGUUUCAAGUAAAAGAACAUAAGUACUUGUCAAUCUUCAUGGAAAAACAGUUCUUCAGGAGUAUAAAGCCUAGAACUUGUGUUAUUGAGACGAUUGUGCUCUUUUUGGCAAACUUUCAGAUACUUGUGGACGCAUGUGGUGAAGCUUUGCUUCCAAACAAUUAUUUUUAUCACUAGCAAUCUUAGACACACUCGAAAGAGUUGAAAUUCAUUAGUUUUAUUUACCAUGUCGGAUAUUAGUUUGAGAAGCAUUAAGUUGCAGCUAUAUUUUUAGUGGAUUCUUCUUUUUAUGGUUUCUUACCAUCGCAGGAAUUGAUACCCAAAGUGGAACCUUCGCUGCUGAGAGAGCUGGGGUUGGCUUUUGGCUCUCUGGUAUGACUUCUCUUCCCUUCAAACCCCAACCCAUUCAUUUCUUUGGUCUCGGUCUGGUCCUUUUUCAAACAUUUCAUCUGUUGGGCGUUGUAUCAAUAAUCCAUCCAUACCUUAAUUAAUUGGCAUUAUCAUGGUCAAUUUUCUUAUUAAUUUAUGGGAACAUCAAUCAAAAAAUUCUUGAUUUAUGGUAACAUUGUGGCAAGGGAAAUUUGCUUGGAUACGACCAAAAUUUCCGUCAAUAUUUUAAAAAACGGAAGGGUUAGGCAUAAAUAUAUGAGAGCAAUAUAUUUUUCCAAAAAUAAUGAUGAAAUAUGAAUAUUAGAAUCUAACCUUACAAUUGUUGGAACUAAAUGUGUAUAUUAGAAAUGUUAACCAUACAAACAAUGACCUGCAAGUUAUUUUCAGCAUUGCCCCUUUUUUGUAAUUAUAUAUAUCUUCACAACGACAUUUCCAUUAUUUGGGAAUUCUAUAUUUACGGAUAUUUAACUAUCUAAUCACGGUAUAGCCGCCAAUGUAUUUGGGAGUCCGGUGAUGAUGAGUCUGAUGUGACUUGUCAAUAGAUUCUAGUCAAGACACAAAAAUGUUCAGAAUUGUGCUAUCAUGAAGCAUAGUAAUGGACCGACGGCCAUGCAGCAAUGACUUGUGGACUUGUGCAAUUCUGUCUACCACGAUUGUCAUUCACAUCUCUUACCUUAUUAAAUUUUUAAGCAUUGCAAAAGCCUGGAAACUUCAGUUACAAAUGAUUGCCAUGGGAACUAUAAACAUCUGUCCCCCUCCCAAUUAAAUUGGAGAUUAUGACGUCAAUUUGGUGUAAGGUGGGUUAGAAAUUUGGGAAAGAAUUUCAUUUUCUAAGUUAUAUCCAAAUUCUAAGCUUUGGUGAAGUCUUCAUGGAACUAAAGUACAUCAUUUAUAUCUCAACGUUCUUUUCAAGUGACAUUCAAGGAACCAAAAUUUUAAAAUCCACUAAAAACAGGGUUUUGUUGCUCUCUUGUAUCCACUUUCUUUUGUCUUGUUGGUUUGGAUUUAUUACACUAUGUACUGUCGCUUGUGGCCUGAAAUUUUGUAGAGUUAGGAAGUUAGAUUAUGUAGUUUAUUUUCAUGUUGUAAGCUAAAGAAAUGGCACUCGUUUUAAAAACAAAAACCUCGAUAGAACUUCUAGGCCUCCACAUGGAACUCAGAUCUCAAGAAAUGUAAACUUGUGGUUUAGGACAGAAGCCCAAAUGGUUACUCAGGCCUUGGUUUGUUGGCACCUCUCCUUUGCUUGGUCCGAGAAAUUUUUUUUAUUUUGGUGAUUACUUUCUACUUUUCGUACAGGCUUUGCGAAUUGGCUCUGUGGCUGUGGCUGUGGCUGUGGCUGUGGCCUAGGUUUGUGUACCUUAAGGUUGUCUCAUUUCUAUAUCUAGUAUAUAUGUGCUUAUGUUCUUUAUGAACCCUUGUGCUUUAUAUUGUUAGGAGGUGUUUUGAAUACAAACUCUUUACUUGCAUUGAGAUCAAG